CCUCCUUCUGCUCGCUCUCGCAUCCCCUUCUCCUCGCCCGAGCGCCGCUGCCGGCCGUGGCCUCGCUGCUGCCCCGCACCGCACAUACGCGCACCGCACCGCCGCCGCUCUCCUGCUCCGACGGCCGUGCUCUGCCCCUCUCGCAGCACGCAGCCUAGCAGGCCCACGCAGCCGAGCAGGCCACUCCUGCGGUGCCGCCGCCUCGGGCACUUCGCUAGGUGCAUCUCCAUGCCAUGCCGCCGCCGCACGCAUCCUCCACGCAGGCGCCGCAGCAUGCCGGCGCCGGCAGCAGCGGCAGCGCCUCGGGCGGCGGCGGCAUCGGCCGCAGCCAGUCGGCGCUCAACUUUCUCUUCUCCAAGGCCAAGGCCUUCUCCAGCUCGGCGAGCAGCAGCAGCAACAUGAGCUCGUCGGCCGGCGCGACAAACAUCAACCCCUCGCCCUCCAUGUCGUCGCUCGCCAGCCAGGCCGAGGAGCCCGAGGGCGCACACUCGUACCCGCGCCAGGCCGGCUCGGGCCGCGCGCGCGUGCCCUCCAACUCGUCGUCGAACGCCUCGUCGGGCUUCUACCAGGGCUUCUCCAUCGAUCGCUCGAGCGUGAGCGACUUUGGCCGCUACCCCGCGCCCGGGCGGCCCAGCGUGAGCCACGACGAGCCGGCGCUGUCGAGCCCGACGAAGCGCAGCUUCUUUGGCGGGCACCGCGACCGCAAGGUCUCCAACGCCAGCAUGACGCGCAAUGCCGCAGCAGGCGCCAGCGGCGGCGGCGCCUCGGGCCAGUCUGGCCGCGGCAUCUUCUCGCACAGCCCGCUCGGCAAGUCGCUCGGCAUGCGCGCCGAGGGCGGCGGCAGCUAUGCGCAGUUCAGUAAGAGCCAGUCCGACCUCUCGUCGCGGCCCGAGUUUCCCUCGCCAAACACGCUGCCCGUCGACCUGCCGCCGCUGCCCGGGCGGCCGGCGCUCAUGUCGCCGCCCUCGGCGGGCUCGUCGGGCAAGGUGUCGGCGAGCGAGGACGUCAACUUCCUGCGCUCGCCGAGCCCGCACAUUGGCUUCUCGCGCAGCGUCGACGAUCUCUCGCAGCCGACGACGCCGACCUUUGGACCCAGCACGGGUCUCGGCGCCGCGCCGGGGUCGUCUUCGCGCGCCCAGCCUGCGGGUCAGAGCCGGCAGCGGCCAGACGGCACGUGGGCCGAGCACGGCGUGCCUGCGCCGGACUGGGGCCGCCCGAGCGAUGUCGGCACGAUGGCCGGGCGCACGAGCCAGCCGGGCACGCCCGGCAUCGCGCCGCCGCGCUGGAACGCCGGCGCUCCGCCGAAUGCAGCAUCAGCAUCGGGCGGGCCCAGCAGCACCGCCGGCAUGAUCCCCUUCAGCUCGACGCCGCAGAGCUCCGCCUGGGCGCAGGGCGGACAGCCGCAGAAGCUCAUGGCGGUCCCGACGCGGCACCAGCGGCGCGGCUCGAAGCUCUCGUCUUCGCCCAAGGACUCGCUGAUCUCGCAGGAGCAGCUGCAGCAGGCGCGAGCGGCUGCCGCAACUCCGGCAGAGCCAAGGCCGCUGCCGCCGGGCGUGCAGUACCAGGGCUUCCUGAGCCGCAACACCAACGUGACGCUCUCGCUGGCGCAGCUGGCCGACGGCCACGACAAGGGCAAGGAGCGCGAGAAGGACAUCAGCAAGGGCUGGAAGGCGUACAAGGUGCAGCUGCGCGACGGCCAGCUGUGCUUCUUCAAGCCGCCGAGCAGCGCCUCCGAUGAGGUCAAGGCGCUGUUCCCUGCAUCCGUGGUGCGCGGCGAGCUGCCGGCCGGCUCGACGUCAAAGGCGACUGCAGCGCAGUAUGCGCGCGACCUGGGCGCCGACGCCGACGCCAUCAAGCGCAGCCUGGGCACGCAGGAGCUGCUGGCAGCAACCUCGGGCGGCCAGCGUGGCGGCGGCUCGGCAGGCUCGGGACCCUCGCCGCCCGCAGGCUAUCGUCCGCCUCCACGGCGCGGCGACAGCACCGGCGCAUCCGUCUCUGUCACGACUGACCGCUCGCUCGGCACAACAGAUGCCACCUCAGCGCCGAAUUCUGUAGCAGCGCGAAUUGCGCAGCCACGCGGACCGCUGCCUUGGGCCGCACCGGACAAGCACCACGAUCUCGUCUUGGUCGAGAGCGCAGAGCCGCCAGGCACCUGGGCCGCUCGCAUCCUCAGCGGCUCGCCCGAGAGCCUGGCGCACGAGCUCGUGUUUGCUACCCAACGGCCAGCUGCCGCCGCGGCUGUAGCACCGGAUGCCGCCUCGCCAAGCAGCGACAGCGCAGCUGGCGACGUCGUCCUCUUCGUCAACGCCGCGCUGGUCGCCAUGACGAGCAGCGGGCGCCCUCUGCUCUCGCUGCUCGUGGCGCUGCAGAAGUGGGCCGUCGAGGCGCUGUCGCUGACGCGGGGCGACAUGCUGCAGGGCGCGCCGCUCACAGAUGCGCGAGACGCUGAGCUUGCGCAAUUCCAAGCGGCCGUGCGCUCGCGCGUCGCUGCGCUGAUCGAAGCGCGGCCAGCAGACUACGUCGUUGACUCGGCAGACAAGGCGAGCAUCAUCGAGCUGCUCGAGAGCCUGGUCCGCGACACGUGGCCCGCAGGUUCGGACGCCCGCGCUGCCCUCGAGAAGAGCGUGCGCGAGCAAGCCGAGGGUGUGUCGACCUCAGCCGACGCGCCAGACUGGCUCGCCAGCAUCCGCGAGCGCGCUUCGUCUGGCGACCUAAUCGAGCUGGCUCGUCACCGGUUCCGCGCCGGUGCGCUGCUGAAGCUUGACCCCAGCGAGAUCGCCCAGCAGAUUCAGGUGUUUCACGCCGACCGGUCGCGCGCACUGCUGACGGCGCCGCUCUCGCUCGGCCGUCUUGCUGCGCACAAGCAGGCUGCGCCGGCUUCGAUGGCGCUGCUCAGUUUCGAUGCGACAAGCCCGCACAUGAUCACGAGGCUCGUGCUGGACCAGAUUCUCGAGGACGCCGACAGCCGACCGACCUCGGUGCGGCGCUCAGAGCUGUCGUCUGGCGCGCCGCGGCAGCGUGCCGCGCUCGUGCGGCACUGGAUCGCCGUCGCGUCCUUCCUGCUCAGCUACGGCGACCUCGCUGGCUGGGCUGCUGUCUGUGCUGCGCUUUGCUCGCGGCCGGUGGCGCGGCUGGACCAGACGUGGCGCUACGUCGCACUCAACGACCGCAACAUUAUCAGCAAGAUCUGGGCGCCGCAGCUUGCCAAGCUCGGCUGGACCGACGGCAGCCUUGCCCGCGACACGGCCAUCUCUCCGCUGAUUCUGGGCGCGAAUUUCGCCAGUGCAGGCAAGAUGGACCUCGUCAAGACCCUGGAUGGGCAGCCUGUGGAAGUGCUGCCGUUCCUCGGCAAUGCGCUCGUCGGCGGCAGCACCACGCGGGUCGCGGCGCAGCAACUGCACUUUGCCGAUGCCACUCGCGUGGCCGAGCGAGGAGAAGCUCUCGUGCGAGCCUGGACAGCACGCAUGGCCACGCCCGCCACGCGCGUCUAUCCUGGCGUCCGCCCUGCGCUGCCCGAGUACCAGCGGGCGCUGCAGAGCCUCAUGGAGCUCGGCAUCCAGGGCAGCGUUGGCAGGCCUUCAACGCAGGAGGGCGAGAGCGAUCUGGCCAGGUACCUGCCGGUGUCGCUGCAGGCUGAGCCUCGCAGUCUGGGCCACCUGGAUCUGCGUUGGCGCCCGCCGCUGACGCAAGUCACCGGUGCCUGCGCCAUCGCGCCGCUCAUCUUCUCCGAGCCGCUGCCGAAUCUGUCGCUCGUCGAGCGCGAGCGCAUCUGCUCGCUCAUCUCCGGCGGCGCAAGCACGCGUCGCAGCGAUGCCGGCAAGUGGCCCCGUCUCGGCGGCGGCAGCGCGACAAACACACCCGACAGCACCAUCACCCAACGUACGCCGCAGCCCCGACCGGCGCUUGCCGGUUCGCCCCUGAUGGGUGCCUCGCUCGUGCGGUCGCGCACGUUCCCGCCGGGCGCACGCGUCUCGCGCUCGCUGCCGUUCGCGGGCAUUGCCGAGUGGUCUUCCGCCCAGACGCUGGGAGGCUCUGACGAGAUGUACAUCCGCAUCGGCGCCGAGCUGGUGCUCGGCGUCGUGCCGGAGGCGUCGCUGAGCCUGCCGUCUUCGCCCAUGACGAACAAGCGCUUCUCGCAGGAGAUGAGUAGAGGCUCGCGCCCGCUGUCGCAGGCGUCGAAGCGAUCCAGUCUGCCGGCGUCGAACCGCAGCUCGAUGGUCGAGGUAGCCGCAGCGCCGCUGCACGUGGUAGUCAAGGCGGCCACGCUAGAGCGUCUCGUCGACGUUCUGGUCAUGGGCGUGCAGCACCUGUCUGCAAAUACGUCAGACGACCAGGGAGAGGCGCCGCUGAGCCCGGUGCGGCGCGCCCGCCUCACGAUGGACGUGGCCGCAUUCCGCAGUGUCUUUCUGGCGACGUUCCGGCGCAUCUGCGCGCCGCUGGUGCUCUUCGACUUUCUCGUCAAGCGCUUUUCGGCUGCCAUCAAUGCCAGCCGCGAGAUGGCGCUGCCGAUGCAGCACCGCUCCUCGAGCCCCUUCCCGUCGUGGUCGCGCGGCGACGUCGCUGCCACUCGCACCGAGCCCGUCGACUGGGACAUCGCUACGCGCAUCCGCAUCGGCGUCAUCUCGCUCCUGCACACGUGGGCGCAGCGCUGCCCGCAGGACUUUGCCGACGACGCCGAGCUUUACAACUCGGCACUGUCAUUUGCAGUCGUGCGCAACAGCUUGACGACGUCGCGUGCCGACGACCCGGACUACGAUAAGAUCAGCUCGGCGCUGAGCGAGCUCGGCGCGACGCUGCGCACCAGCGUCAUGUGCGCGAAUGUGCGGCCGCCGGAACAGCCGAGCGCGGCGGCCAGCACAUCCGAGGCGCCCAGCUCAGCCGGCGACCGGGCACAGAGCGUCGAGCUCGACUUCGACCGUGCGUCUCCGCCGGAGCUCGUCAACUUCCUCGAGUCCAUCGCCGCCGUCUUCUUCGACAAGGUCGUCGAGCGCGACUUGCUCAUCGCCGCGGAGCUCUUUGAGCACCAGGCUGCCUCGCCAACCGGCUGGCACACGCGCGCGGGCAAUGCGGGCGCUGCCGAGGAGACGGCUCUGCCGCCAAACAUGUACAAGCUGCUCGAGCACCUGCGCCAGCCGGGCGAUGCGCGAGACGCGCCGUCGCUGCACCAGCGCCUGCCUCCUGCGCUUCGUGAUGCGUGCGCCGCGCAGAACUUGCUGCGCGGAUGGAUCGCGAUCCACAUCAUCGAGUCUCGGAUCGGUCUCGAGCGGCGGCAGGCUCGGCUUGCCAAGCUGAUCGACGCCGUGCGGAUCUGCCGCGCGCGCAUGGCCCGCCUGCGGAUGGACGACGAGGCGUCGGGCCCGUUUGCUCCUGCCGGGCCCUUCCGCGAGCCGACGAUCGCCUCAUUCGUCGAGAGCGUCAUCGUCGGCAGCCUUACUGCUUCAGAGAGUCGCAUCUUUGUGCGAGCAUGGCACGGCGUUGCUGCGGCUCGCGAAGCCAACGGCGAUAGCCUCACGGGUCUGCUCCCGUCGGGCCGUGGCGCCGCCGCAUUCAACGACGCGACCGAGCAGUCGAGCACGCCAGACGUGGGCUGGAUCCUCAAGUCGCUCGCCGAGGCCGUGACGCGUACGUCCGAUCUGGUGCAGGCGGACAGCACGCUCAUCGACUUUGACAAGUCGCGCACGGUCUGGAACCUCAUCGACUCGUCGAUGCGCAUUCGCCCCGCCGAGGCCGACGCACGCAUGGUCGAGCUGGCCGGCGCGCGCCUCAACGCUAUGCAGACCGCUCUGCGCAAGGUCGCCUGGGACCGGCGCAUGUUCAAGGAGGAUGCAGCACAGGAAGCUGCGGCGGCACCUCUCCUGCCGGCCUCGAAGCUGCGCCUCGCCAAGCCGCUGGCCUCGUACACGGCCGACCAGCAAGAGAAGCAUCGCCGCGACCGCGCUGCGUUCGAGCUCCUCGAGCAUGCCGCCCACCUUGCUCAGGCAGCUGCCCGAGCGCAGAGCUCUGCAGACACCGCUAUGCGCACGAGCCUGUCGGCACCCGGCGUCAAUGGCCCACUGCCACCCGCGGCAGUAGGCCCGCCUGCGGCAAGCUCCGUCGAGAAGCGGGCUCGCCGCGUGACAGCACUGUUCCGAGGCGCCAUGCGGCCGAGCGAGAAGGCCGAUGUCGUCACGCGCUCGGCGGCCGAGCUCAUCGACGCCGUGCCCGCCCAGAAGCCGGCACUGACCAUCCGCGUCGGUUCCGCUCGCAUCGUGCCGUGGCUGAACUCGCAGCGCUCGCACGUCUUCCACUUGUCCUCUGCCGACGGCGACAAUCACCUGUUCCAGGCGCCCUCGCAGAGCGACGCCGCAGAGUGGUUCAGCGAGCUGGAGAAGGCUGCCAAGCAGUACGCGGUCGCGCGCUCGACCGAUGCCAACCGACUGGGCAAGAACGGCCGCGCUGCUGUAAUGCCGCUGUACAGCAUUCCGAUCAUGACCCUCGCCGAGCGCGACGGGCGGAGCGUGCCCCUGGGCCUUGAGCGCAUGCUGGCUGAGGUCGAGGCAAGAGGCCUGCUGGAGCAGGGCAUCUACCGCAUCUCGGGCGCCAAGAGUGCCAUCGAGGGCCUCAAGGUCGCCUUCAGCAAGCAGCCGGCCGACACGAUCGACCUGGCACAGGGCGACUUCAGCGACGUGCACACCAUCGCCGGCGCGAUCAAGCAGUGGUUCCGCGACCUGCCGGAGCCGGCCGUGCCGUUUGCCUUCUACAACGCCCUCAUCGACGCCGAGCGCAUCGAGGACCACGAGGAGCGCCUGUACGCCAUCCGCGACAUCAUCUGGGAGUUCCCCAAGCCGCACUUUGACGUGCUGCGCCGCGUCUCGGAGCAUCUGGCGCGCGUCGUCGAGGAGGGCGAGCGCAACCUUAUGGCGCCGCACAACAUCGGCCUCGUCUUCGGCACGUCGCUGCUGAACCCACCGCCCGGCCCCGCGAGCGUGGCGCAGUCGUUCGGCAACAUCGGCCGAGCAGCGCACAUCGUCAAGCUCAUCAUCACGACGCAUGACUGGCUCUUCGAGCCGGAGCCCGAGCCUGAGCCGGAAGCGGAGCUCGAGGGCGAGAGCACCAUCGUCGAGGCCAAGCCUGCCGGCCUGCCGCCCGUGCUGGACGUCGACGAAGGCCAGCACGAGAGCUCCACAGACGAGGCCGGGGCCACCUCGACCUUCGCCACGCCGGCCGUGACGCCAAGCGUCGAGACCGACGCCUCGCCCGAGUUCGCCUUCACGGCCGGAAGCGCGUCGCAGAGCAGCGCAGCGCUGUCCUCGGCGCCGUCUGAGUCGGCCGACAGACUCGAGACGCUCGCCACCUCGUCGCCGCCCGUCCACGACGCCUCGGCGCCCGAGAUGGCCAAGCUCUUCGCCCAGCGGCGUCCCGGCGGCGCGCGCGAGGGCGCGGCCGGCCGCGAAGACAGCAUAUACCUCGAUGCAACCGAAGCCAUUACCCUGCUUGACCCGCGCUUCCACGCAAGUCAGGGGGCCGCCUGAUCCCUGCGCGGCCUCCGAGUCCCUUCACUUCAUACCCUACAUCUGCUCCCUUAUUUGUGCCGGUCUCAAUGCAUGCUGCGCCUGUGCACGACCUGCCGAGAGCAGCCCGUCGGCAGCGCGCCACGCACUGCUCCGCUUGACCCAGGCUGCUGACGCGUGCGGAGAUGCACGUUGCGCGCGCGAUCCCUGACGCCAGCUCCUACCGCAUGCCUGUGCGACAGCGACGACUGCACCCAGCGACGGAGCUAGAAGGGUAGUAAUUGGACCAG